AUGUCUAAGGGUCGUGUUUGUCUCGCCUACUCCGGAGGCCUUGAUACCUCGACUAUCCUAGUAUGGCUGAUUUCUGAGGGCUAUACUGUCGUCUGCUUUUUAGCGGAUGUUGGUCAGGAGGAAGAUUGGGCCGCCGUCGAGAAGAAGGCUCUAAGCUUGGGUGCCGAGCGCAUGAUAAUCGACAAUCUCCAAGAGGAAUUCGUGGAGAAGGUCAUCCACAGAGCAAUCCAAUGCAAUGCCAUCUACGAGGAUCGAUACCUCUUGGGUACCUCUCUAGCUCGCCCAAUCAUUGCGAAAGCCCAGGUUAAGGCAGCCAUCGAGAACAACUGUGACCAUAUCCGCCCCUAUCCUCUUCCGAAGAGUAUGGCAGAAAACACGCUGACCUAUCAUGAUAUGCGUAGUUCGUUUCGCACGGAUGCACAGGCAAAGGGUAUUUUCCCUAUAUUCAUCCCCGUCCAUUUCUUCCUAGCUAAUAAACACAGCAACGACCAAGUUCGCUUCGAGCUAGCUUUCGCGGCGUUGAGGCCCUCUCUGAAGGUCAUCGCCCCCUGGCGACUACCAGAAUUCUGCGCAAAAUUCCAGUUAGUCUUCCAGCACCACCCACUACGUUCUAGACUUAUUCAGCCACGUCCGGAGCUGAGGCUUCCCCUGGGCCGCGCAGACCUACUUCGCUACGCAGCUGAGAAGAACAUCCCCGUUAGCUCGACCCCGAAGGAACCUUGGUCCAAGGACGACAACCUAGUGCAUUGCUCGUACGAAGCUGGUAUUCUCGAAGAUCCCGACCACACCCCUCCUAAGGAGUUGUGGACCCGAACCGUGGAUCCUCUUGAUGCUCCCAACGAGCCAACCGAUUUCUCUAUUCACUUCGAAGCGGGUAUCCCGGUCAAGGUUAUCCUUGCAGGCCAGGAGACUACCGGCAGUGUGGCCGUGUUCAAGCUCUUGAACAAGAUAGGCCACGACAAUGGUGUAGGCCGAAUCGACAUUGUUGAGAACCGCUUCAUCGGACUCAAGAGCCGUGGUUGCUACGAUACACCAGGACUCACUAUUGCGCGACUUGCACAUCUUGAUCUUGAAGGGUUAGUCCUCGACGGCCGAGUUCGCGAAUUACGUGACCAGUUCGUGACGCACUCGUGGAGCCGCCUUCUCUACAACGGUCUCUACUUCAGCCCCGAGAGGGAAUUCCUUGACAAUUCUAUUGUCUUCUCAUCCCAAAAUACAACCGGUGUUGUGCGACUGAGAGCAUACAAAGGAAAUGUAUACGUGCUUGGCCGCUCCAGCAACGCCAGCAACCUUUACUCUGAAGAGGCCGCAUCUAUGGACUCUCUAGAGGGCUUUUCGCCCCAGGACACAACCGGCUUUAUUGCUAUCCAAGCUAUCCGCCUCAAGAAGUACGGCGAGCAGCGCGACAAGGACGGCAACCCCCUGACUCAGUCCUAG